AUGAAAGACCGAAUGCUUGAAGGACCUACUUCAGCGCCGUUAAUCAAGCGCGUCCUCGCCGAAACCCUAAAAACCCUCUUUUCUCGGCGAAUCACCGACGUACGGUACCGACCAGCCAAGAAAAUCCGCCUUCCGACUUUCGCCAGAAAGGCAGACCCGACUGACCAUAUCACCGCAUUCAACAUCGCGAUGGGUCGAACUAACUUUUCCGAUGAGGAAAGAAACGCUGGAUUGGAACGAGACUCCAUCGACGACUUUCACGACCUGACGUCCGCAUUUCUCAAGCAGUACAUUAUGUUUAUGAGACAAGGAGCGACCCUAUCUGACCUUUGGAACCUAUCUCAGGGAGCGAACCAAAGCCUCCGCGACUUCAUGGAGAAGUUCAAAGCUGUCGCUUCGAAGGUGCAUAUCCCAGACAGCAUCGCCGUUGACGCGUUGAUGAAUACCCUCUACUUCAAGUCCCUGUUUCGCGAGGAUCUCUACAGAAACCCCACCAAGUCGCUUCAAGACGCUAUCGCGAGGUCGAACAACUUCAUCCGAAUGGAAGAAGACACAGCAGCGAUACUCAAGAAAAUGAAUGCGGCCGCUAAACCGACGACUGCUCCAAAGCUCCUGAGGCACGCCAUGAACCCCGACAGCACGCCACAGCGCGAGAAGGGUUGGAACGUCUGGGAGAACGACGAGAAGCCGCAGACCUCUUCGGAGCCUUCAAAUUCGAAUCCUGGCCCGACCAAGCCAAACCUAUGGUUCAGCUACCAUAAGUCCAAGGCGCACGAUACGAGGAACUGCAGGCAUCUGGUCGACGCCCUCUUCUCAUCUUACGAAAACGGAACAGCCCACGUCGAGCUUCCCAAGCCUAGGCAGAACAACACCAAGGGCUGGAGCAAAAACAAAGAAAAGAAGGCUCAGAAGAGUCAAGACAAGGCCGGAGCCCGACCCAAGCGCGCAGAGGACGACAAACCAGAAGAGCAAGACGAAGACGAGGGCGAAGCACAAGUCGAAGAAGAGCAACCUCGUAAUCGUCGACGUGUCCAAGUCAUCCUCGCACGACCAAGUUCCCCUUCGGAUGAAGAAGAGGACAACAAAGUCCGCGAUUCGCACGAACGCUCCAGCAAGCGACAGAGUGAAAACGGCGAACCGGAAGAGUCAAAUGACUUGAGAAACAAGCUCAGACGAAAGUCGCAGACAACCGACCGCGUGCACGACUCCAAAAACGAUCUUCGCUCAAUCAUCAAAGAGUCCAAGGCUAAAAGAGUCGAAGACUCUAGUGUUUCACCCCUCCUUCUAGCGCCAACUGUUUGA